AUGACCAAGCCGGCCCACAUCGGCAACUAUGCUGCAUGUUGCGGCCUAUCUUCGGUGACCGAUAGGUGGGACGUGGAUAAAAACCAUGCCGAUGCCUUACAUAUAAACCUUAACACUAUGGCAGUAGCAUGUAAAAACUCCAAAUCCCCACCGGUCCCGGAGCAAAAAUCAUUGCUCGAGAAGCUGUUGUGGGUCCGCUCAGUCACCAACCGCCCGGUGGCCACCGGCCAACAUUUUCCUUUUUUUCUUUAA